AUGACAAAGUUAGUAGCACUUACAAUACUUGGUCGUUUCUACAUCUACGCUAUUCAUGGCUAUGCUACAGAAGUGAUGUUCACAGCGGUAUGGGAAUUUGUGGUCAACUUCAACAUGAAACUUCCAGGAGUGACCAGUAUCUGGUCUUUUCCAAUUUAUGGUAUAUCAGUAUUGGUAGUUGAACAGCUUUAUCUUAUUUUAGAUGCUCACAAAAUACCACUUAUAGUGAGAGCACUUGUCUACACAAUAUGGACGUAUUGUUGGGAAUUUAGCACGGGAUUUGUACUUCGCCAGUUUGAUGCAUGUCCAUGGGAUUACACACCAUUCGAAGGAGACUUUAUGGGUCUGGUCACCUUAGAGUACUUGCCUCUUUGGUACUUCGGUGCAAUAUUUGUGGAAAGGGUUAUCAUCUUCUAUACACGACGCAUUUAUCUUGGACCACCUAUUGAGAAAAUGCCAGAUGUGCAGCUUGUUAUAUCAUCAGGAACUCUGGAGGCAUCAAGAAAGAAUAUAUAA